CACCAUUGGUCAUUGGUGAAAAAUUUAAUGAAAGUAAGACAAAAUUUGUUUUCGAUUUACCAAAGUCUCCGAAUGCUGACCACGUUCCGCUCCGGUCUAAAGACAAGAUUUCCGCUGGGGAUGGGGCGCGCAUACACGAGAUCGAAGGGAAGAGUGCAAUCAGCAACGAUACAACAUGUACAAUUUUUGAACUGCUCAACGCAUGUGGCGUGAGGACCCAUUUCAUCUCGAAACAUGAUGAUACAUCUUUCAUUGCUGUCAAGUGUGACAUGAUUCCGUUGGAAGUUGUCAGCCGUCGCCCAGUUACCGGAACACUUUUGAAACGUAAUCCUGGAGUAAAAGAAGGUUAUCGCUUUUCUCCUCCGAAAAUGGAGACCUUCUUCAAAGAUGAUGCAAAUCACGAUCCUCAGUGGUCACAUGAGCAGAUUAUUGAAGCUGAGUUAAAAUUUGGUGGUGUUACUGUCGGAGAACGUGAGAUAGAACUGAUGACAUCGACUGCUAUUGUUGUAUUUGAAAUCCUCGAGAAAGCUUGGGCUACAGUUGACUGUACACUAGUUGAUAAGAAAGUUGAGUUUGGUGUGAAUGCCAGAACGGGAGAGAUCUUGCUUGCAGAUGUUGUGGAUAACACUCUGGCCAUCUGGUGA